AAAUUUAACACUAUCUCCAAUAUCCCAUUGUCUGUCACCCAUUUCAAGCACCUCAUCAAAUGCCAAACACAUCUGACAUUUUAACAGUCUUUCUCUCCUUCUCCACUCUCUCAUGCCAUUCACCUCUCUUUAUCUCACUCACUAAUACUGAUACACAUUUUUCAAAACUCUCUUUUGCUGCUUAUAAUGCCCAAAUAGGUCAAGAGAUCAAAGGCAACUUCCUGAAGGUCUAAUAAUAUAUAUAUAUAAGCUUAGUGUCUUCUUGCUAAUUAUAUUCCUGUCAUUAUCUAAUCUUCCCAACUCUCUCAAGAGCAAGAAUAAGAACAAGAGCUAGAGCAAGAACAAUAUGCUUCUCCUUCUUCUUCUUGCUUUUCUGUCCUGGCUUUCUCAACCUUCUUACUCCAAAACAAUACUUGUUGAUGGUGUUACAGAGUGGAACAAUCCCAAUGUUCAUGUAGGAGACUCAAUCAUUUUCAAACACAAGUAUCACUACAACCUCUACAUUUUCCAGAACCAAAGAGCUUUCGAUCUCUGCAACUUCACUCAAGCCUCUCUUCUCACCAAACCCAAUUCCACCUCCUACAUGUGGUACCCAUCACGCCCUGGUUUCUACUACUUCGCAUUCAACAAUGGCUCUUUAAAAUCUUGCACUCAGAACUCUCAAAAGCUGCCCAUAAAGGUCUCUCCAGCAGCACCACCACUCGCAGCUCCAAUUCCAGCACCCAAUUCAGGUGGUGCAGUGCCGUCUUCUCCAGGUUAUCCAUGGCCAUUCCGUCCUCGAGAAACAGCUUCUUCACCAGCUCCAGAACCUAGUAGUGGUGGUGGUGUAAGCUCGCCAGUGACAGUGCCAACACUGGUGCCUGGAGAUAAAGGUGAGGGCAAUGGCAAUAGCAUGCCAUUUAUAAACAGCAAUCCUGCUGUUCCUUUGCCUACUGGUGAAGUUGACUCCGCCACUAUCCGCCCAUUGCCCUCCUCUGGCCAUCAUCACCAGGUUUCACUGGGGUUACUUGGAGCUCACAUGGCACUGUUUUGUGUGGCUUUGCUGCUACUGCUGUAAAAAGAAAAAAAGAAAGAAAAAGAAGAAGAAGAAGAAGAAGAAGAAGAAGAUGGGAGACAAAGAAAGAAAAUGGCUGAGCUGCAAACUUGGUGUAAAAAGCAAAGAAAAGAGAAUGAUCUUGAGUAUGCUAAGUAUGCACUAAUUAAGUAUGGUUUAAAAGAGUUCAAAGUAGCUUUAAGUAUGAUGAUUAUGAUGCUAUAUGAACCCUAUAUUUUGGAAUCAUUGGCACUUUUGAUUCUUUUUUUUUUUUUUUUUUUUUUUGAGGGGGCCAUGCAAUUGAUUGAUUGCUGCUUUUCCUGUUGUGGUCUUUUCCUUUUCUUUCUUUUUCCCUCUCCUCCUUUCCUCAUUUUUGUAUAUUUGAAUGGAAUUUGAAGUCCCAAACACCAACUAGCUUUUAGGUAAAGUAAUUUUCUCUUUUUUUUCUUGGACCCAUGUCACUUCAAUGUUAUGAUUGUUAAUUAAAUUACUAGUUUAUGACUCA